AAUAUAACUUGUUGAAAUCAAUUAGAUUGAAGAUUUAAAUGGGCCUUUUAAAUGGGUCUCUCCUCCAAAUUUUGUCGUUUCAGCUGACCCGUCCGGUGCAAAUAAACUGCCGUUUGUUUCUGCUCUUAGCAGCUUUGUUCCUUGUCGUCGUCAUGUCAAUAGAGAUCAAACUUUCCCGAUCCAACCGCAUUUAUCGCCCUAAUGAAUUAGUGCAAGGCAAAAUCAUAACGAAGCUCUCUUCUUCCAUCUCGCACCAAGCCAUUCGACUCAAUGUGAACGCUACAGUCAACUUGCAGGUUCGAGGAGGAUCAGCUGGGAUUGUUGAAUCUCUUUAUGGAGUUAUCAAGCCUAUAACAAUACUGAAUAAGACUGUUGAGGUCCUUAAAUCUGGUAGGAUCAGCUCAGGUACUACAGAGAUUCCAUUUUCCUUCACGUUGAAAGAUCCAGGAGAAGAACCUUUGGAAAAAUAUUAUGAAACAUAUCAUGGUGGGGAUAUUGGCAUUCAGUAUCUGGCAUCUGUAGACAUUUCAAGGGGAUACUUACACAAGUCUCUAUCUGCGACAGUGGAGUUCAUAAUUCAAACUGAAAAGGAGAAUCUUCCAGAGAAACCCCUUUCUCCUGAAAUGGUCAUCUUUUAUAUGACCCAGGACACACAGAGGCAGUCACUACUUCCAGAGCUAAAAUCAGGGGGAUUUAGGGUAAGUGGUAAAGUAUGCACGCUAUGUUCUUUGUCGGAUCCUAUUGAAGGUGAGCUAACUGUUGAAGCAUCUGCUGUUCCUAUCCAAUCCAUUGACAUUCACUUGCUCCGGGUAGAGUCAAUUUUGGUCGGGGAAAAGAUAGCAACUGAAUCUUCUCUGAUCCAGACAACUCAGAUAGCAGAUGGAGAUGUAUGUCGAGGCAUGACUCUACCCAUCUACAUCAUUCUUCCCCGUCUUUUGACUUGUCCGUCAAUCUUUGCUGGUCCAUUUUCCAUUGAGUUCAAAGUCACCCUCGUAAUAACAUUUCAGUCAGAGCAAUCAAAGGUGCAUUCGAAAUCCAAUUUCAAAACUCUUAAAUCAUGGCGGAAAGUGUUCCCCUUGAACUGAUUCGGACAAAGUGAGAUGCUGGGGUCAGGGACACCGACGUUAUGGCACUAUGUCAAUGGGCGAAGACUCGCUUACUGAUACUGGAUUUGGCGCCUUGAGGGUAGACUUCUUAUGUAUAAUCUUUUCCCCUGAAAGAUGAUUAUCAUCAAGUUCAUCUGCUCACUGUUAUGGCCAUGAAACGAUUGUCCUGUUGUACAAGUGGAGAUUUUCCAGGAGAAUCCUGCAAAGGGGAAUUGCAUAUCUAGAUGGACAAGGUGGGAAUUUUGUAGAUAUAGGAUGUGAGCAUGAGUUUGGUUAAAGUAGGAGAUCUGCCAUUUUUUUGUUUCUUAUGCCUACUCUAGCGACUAGCUGUUUUGACUCUUAAACUGGAGAAAAGAUUGUACAUUCAAGAGCAAAAUUGCCUAACUGAUCUCUUGCAACAGUGGCAAGAGAAGAAAUAUCUGUCUUACAUGUCAAAAAUUUGAACCUUAAGCUUCGGAGUUUUGAAUAUCAUCAUCCUAUACGUUUGCAUGUAA